UCGAGCGAUCGCGACUGCUGACGUCAUGCUCCUGCUACCCAAUGAGGGCCCAUUGGACUGGCUCUUGUUGAUUGGCGGAGAGAGAGAGUGAACCCGGGGAAAAAAAACUACCCGCGACCUACUGCUCCUGGCGUGUGUCUCGCGUGCUUUCUUUUUUGGGGGAGCCUUCGAGUGGCUCGGAAGAAAUUCAGGUGUAACUGAUCAUGGCAUCAACAGAGCGGGACAAAGAGAAGAAAACAGACUCAAAUGCCCAGUUUCAGGCCACUAUAGGUGAGGAAGGGAGGAGAACCUGCCAAACCUGCAAACAUGAAAUGCGUCCAUCUGACCCUCAGCAGCACAUGGCCAGCAAUGCCCCUGAGAGCACCAUAGAGUCUUCUGGGUUCCAGACGGGUGAAGAACAUAGAAUUUCAGAGGAUUGUGGUCUUGCAAACACCAUAUUCAAGAAGACAGAGGCCUCCUUGCAUGCCUGUUCAACAAAGAAGGAGGAAGAAGUAGAUGAGGCAGUAGUGACUAAUGGGCCCAGCACAUCUCCAGCACCAUUUCGGUUUAGUACCAACCCCACUUUGGAAGACAUUCGGAGCCUCCAGUCAGCCUUCGCAGCUGAGCGGGGCUGGGGAAGGUACCACCAACCUCGGAAUCUGCUUCUUGCUCUGGUUGGAGAGGUUGGGGAGCUGGCAGAGCUCUUCCAGUGGCGGGAUGAAGCUCCCGAAGGCCUACCAGGGUGGGAAACAUCGGAGCGUGAGGCCCUCAGCGAUGAGCUCAGUGAUGUCCUCAUUUAUCUGGUUGCGUUGGCAAACAAGUGCCACGUAGACCUCCCUACGGCUGCUCUCCGUAAAAUAGAGAAGAACCGCCUUAAAUACCCAGCCAAACGUGUCUAUGGUUCCUCAAAGAAAUACACAGAGUAUCAGGAAUAAGUAUGGAACUUAUCUCUUCCUGGAUGGAUGAGAAGAAAAAUCACUCCCUGGCUUCUAGAAGAUGCUCUUUUCAAGAUUUAGGACUUCUUUGGGAUGAACAGUUCAAAAUGACCCCUGAUUGACUCUUGACUUUGUGGGGUGGAUCCAGCAAGCUCUGAUAGGCAAACAGACCUGUUGUGGCAAUCUCUGCUUUUUUUGUUCAUUUAUCGUUUCUUUUCUUUCGCAAAGGAGAUUGGGCCACCCAGGAAAUGUUAGGCUUCAAUUCCAUCACCCUGAGACCAUGUUGGCUAAGGGUCAUUGGAGUUGAUGUCCAGCCACAGUUGAAAGGCUGCAGGUUCUCCAUCCCAAACUUCAAGAGUUGCAGAUGGAUGCACAGUUGUGCAGAGGAAACUCUCACAUCGGUCAUUUACAGAGAAACAUGUCCCCUUCCUUGUGGAGGUGUAUCCAUCAUAAAAGUGCAAGGAGCUUUUCAUAAACUCUGCUUUCUUAGUGAGGCCAGAUUCUUCUCUCCAACUCAUGGCUGUGGUUUAGUUUAGUUUUUAAAGAAAAAUAGGUGGCCACCAUUUUGACCUGAGUAAUUGACGAUUUCUUCCUGUCUGCACAUUCUUUCCAAUAGGAUUACCCUCCUCAAGGUGUAGAUUACGCCUCAUUUGGUAUUCCCUUUGAGUCUUAAAAACAGGGGGCAUUUUUGAGGGGGAAAAUGGCGAGAGGCUGAAGAAUGAAGUGGCUACAUUACAAGGCUACUGUUGUAAAAUAAUAAAAUUUCAAGGGUUUGCCAAAUA